GCUGAUGUGGCGAAGGUGGGCACCUGCCUGCUGGCCAACUGCCAGGUGGCGCUCGCGCGGUGCAUCGGUGAUGGAGAGUGCCUGGAGAACCUUGUGUGCCUGCAGCUCUGCAAUGGGCGGCCAGACGAGACAGAGUGCCAGGCAAGCACACUUCUUAUCCGCUGCGGUGACCUGUACGCUGACAAGGCGGUGGAGGCAUUCACCGCAUGCGCAGUCAGCGACAAGAAGUGCGUGCCGCAGAGGGUGGAUGAGUCAUCCUUCCCGGUCCCCCCGGACUGCGCGCUGGACACCAGUUUUGACCUGAACAACUUCCAGGGGCGAUGGUACAUCACAGCCGGUCUCAACCCGCUCUUCGACACCUUCGACUGCCAGGUGCACUACUUUGGUGUGCCAGAGCCGGGGAAGCUGUAUGGGAAGAUCAACUGGCGCAUCCCCAAGGGCAAUCAGGACUUCAUCGAGCGCUCCACUGUGCAGACCUUUGACCAGAAAUCAAACGUCAGCCCUGCAUAUCUGCGCAACGAUGGGAACGAGUACCUGAAUUAUACUGACGACUGGUACAUCCUGGCAUCCAAGCCCGACCAGUAUGUGGUCAUUUAUUACCGAGGCAACAACGAUGCCUGGAAAGGCUAUGGAGGCGCCACUGUCUACACAAGGGCGUCAACUCUGCCGGAGGAAUACAUCCCGGAGAUAUCUGCGGCAGUGGAAAAGGCGGGACUGACGUGGAGCCAGUUCAAACUCACCGAUAACAGCUGCAAGCCCCACCCC